GAAUGAGAUUGAAGAAGAGUUCUUCUUGUUUUGUAGCUUCAGUUUCUCUGUUUUUACACAAAUUUACUAAAACUAAAUAUAAAAUACAGUAACAAAAUAAAGCUCCGCGGGAAGCAGUGAGACGGACUGUUUAUCUGCUGUUAUUCCAUCGUGGAUCGGCUUCUUAUAGAUAUAUAUUUAAUUAAUCUAGAGGAGGACUGCUGCUGAGGCAGCACAGAGGGGUGGAGUCCAGUCCCACAGCCAGGCGCGGCACUUUAAUGCUUCAGGUGGAUGGUUUUCCUACUGGAGACGGUGUUCAGGCUGAUCGAUCGGCUGGCAGACUGACUGGAUCCAUGAUGGAAUUACAGACGUUACAGGAGGCCCUGAAGGUGGAGAUCCAGAUCCAUCAGAAACUGGUUGCCCAGAUGAAGCAGGACCCUCAGAACGCAGAUCUAAAGAAGCAGCUCCACGAACUACAAGCCAAGAUCACAGCACUCAGCGAGAAGCAGAAAAAGGUGGUGGAGCAGCUGAGGAAGGAGCUUUUGGUGAAGCAGGAACCAGAGACGAAGCUGCAGCUGCACGUCCAAACUCCUCCAGUAGGUGGCGACAUUAAGCCGGCCAACCUGCUGCAGAGCCAGCAGAUACCUGGAGGACUGCAGCAGACACUGACGGUCACCCCGGUCCUCACCACGAAGACUCUACCUCUGGUGCUGAAAGCUGCCGCCACGCCAGCCCUACCAGGCUCUGUCCUGCCACAACGCCAGCCCACUGUCGCUAUGGUAACCACAGCUAUCACCAAACCUGAAUUGCAGAACAGCCCCAUCAACCUGCAGGUGGCCGGCAAGUUGACCAAUCAGAGCUCGGAGCCCGUGCGACUAUCCAAGAACGCCAUCGUGGUAAGGCCAAAGCUGGCCACACCCACCAACAUCCCCAUCGCCCCGGCCCCUCCCCCUCCCAUGAUGGCGGCCCCCCAGCUGCUCCAGAGGCCCGUCAUGUUGACCACCAAGCUGACGUCCUCGCUGUCCUCGGCCGCUCCAAUCCACCAGGUCCGCAUCGUGAACGGACAGCCGUGCAGCAAGACCGGCUCCACGCCGCUGACCGGCAUCGUCAUCACCACGCCCGUCUCCUCUAGCCCCGCACGCCUCGCCAGCCCCGCCCAGGCACCCACACCCACCCCCAUCCUGACCCCGACUCCCGCCCAGCCGAUCCAGAUCAGCAGCCUGAACACUGAGCCCAAGCAGACUGUUAAAUCAGGAGGAGCCGAGCAGAAGGCCGUCGUCUGCCUCCCCUCCUCCUCCACUCCCCCGCUGUCUCCUCCUGCUCCUCCUCCCAGACCCAAGGAGAACCCAGAGAAACUCGCCUUCAUGGUGUCUCUGGGCCUCGUUACACACGACCACUUAGAAGAGAUCCAGAGCAAACGACAGGAGAGGAAGAGGAGAACGACGGCCAACCCGGUGUACAGCGGCGCCGUGUUUGAACCGGAGAGGAAAAAGAGCGCAGUGAGUUACCUGAACAGCCCUCUGCACCAGGGGACCAGGAAGAGAGGUCGCCCACCCAAAUACAGCAGCGUCCCGGAGCUGGGCAGCCUCACCCCGACCUCCCCCUCCAGCCCCGUCCAUCCCCUCCCCCUGCCCAGCCCCAGCUCUGGGGAUGGAGACAUCCAUGAGGAUUUCUGCACUGUGUGCAGACGCAGUGGCCAGUUGCUCAUGUGCGACACGUGUUCUCGUGUUUAUCACCUGGACUGCCUGGAUCCACCCCUGAAAACCAUUCCUAAAGGCAUGUGGAUCUGUCCAAAAUGUCAAGAUCAGAUCCUGAAAAAAGAAGAAGCCAUUCCCUGGCCCGGUACUCUGGCUAUCGUUCAUUCCUACAUCGCUUACAAAGAAGCUAAAGAAGAGGAGAAACUGAAACUGAUGAAGUGGAGUUCAGAACUGAAGCUGGAGCGAGAGCAGCUGGAGCAGAGAGUCAAACUGCUCAGUAACUCCAUAACGAAAUGCAUGGAGACCAAAAACACCAUCCUGGCUCGUCAGAAAGAAAUGCAGAUGUCCCUGGACAAAGUAAAACACCUGAUUCGCCUCAUCCAAGCCUUCAAUUUCAACAAAGCUCUGGCAGAGACAGACGGUAAGGACAUCAGUGCCAGAGUCCAGGACAGAGCUGAGAGUGCAGCUGGCUCUGAAACCGCGACUGGAGACAACUCUGCAGAAAAAAUAAAAGAUGGGAUCUCUUCAGCCAGCAGCAACACCGAUGAAAAUGACAAACAGGAGGAGCACGGAGCCGCAGGGAACAACCCGACAUCAGGAGCAACAGGAGGAGACACAGAGAGCCCGGCGCCGCUAGAAGACAGCGCAGUCCCAACAGCAGAUAACAGUCCUGCUGUAGGGACGGAGGCUGGAGCCGGGGCAGGGGUUGGAGCUGUGGCGAGUGUUGGGGCAGGGGCAGGAGUCGGGGCAGGGACAGUGGGUGACACAGGGACUGGUCUCCAGGCGGAGGUUGUGGCCAAGCCUGACACUGAGACAGUUCCGGUUGUUGACAUUCCCGCACCCUUAGUGGUUGCAACUGUUGCCACAACCAACGGUACGGCCGAACCUGCCUGUCCUGACCACAGCCCCACAGGAGGCUGCACCACCAACGCCACCACCAACUCUGAGAACAAGAUAGCUGCCGUCAACCCUCCAGAGACAGCGGUGGAGAAGAAACAGGAGGAGAUCACUGACAGUGACGGCAGCAACAACAACAGCAAAACCUCAGAACCCUCCCAGCAUUCUUUGCCAGCUCUUGUCAGCAGUUUGGACAAUAAAAAGUAAUGCUUUGUCUCUUGACUUGCGGGAAUUCAAACAUAUAUAUAAAAAAAGACUUGCUUGCACCGCACGGUGCCCUGAAGUUGCCAAUCUGUAUAAAUGUUGUUUGUUUGCAUUGUAUUGUCAGACUGUGUCAAUGGUAGAUAUACAGCCCAAGUCACAUGACUCUGGGAAGAAGUAGGCUGCUCCGCCCACUGAGCUGGGACAGGAAGGCUUACUCACCAGUGUCAUCAUGCCAAUUAGUGAUAGACGUCAGUGGUGGGAAUGCUCUAAGGGAGAUUUAAUUCAUCAUCACACCAGUGUGUGCCUGUUAUAGUGGCCCCUGUGUUCUCAUGUGGGGUGGGGAGAUGGGUUCACAUGGUACUAGGAAAACUGAGAACCAAACAUCUGUCAGGGGUUACUUGUCUAAGAAGCAGUGUUGUGAUAGAGUAUGCAUACUGAAAAGAGAGCCUGUUCAAACCCUCGUCCAAAUGAACUUAAUGUGAAACAUCCUUGAACUUCUGCAAUCCCAUGACCCUAAACCCUACACCUUCACCCCAACCCCAAUUUCCCCUUAUCUUUAACCAACUGGGACUGUCUCCAUUCAUCAGAAAAACCAUACCUUUUCCUGUUGACCUGUUGUCAUUAAACCCAAACUUUAAUCACCCAAUCCACCAAAGGUCCAACCCCAGUCCCAAUGCCUUUUCCAGAAAGUGAGGUGAACCCUUCCUGUAAUAGAGAGAUAAUGAAAUGCAAUGAAUCCUAGAAAUUGGUUUACCAGAGCACACUUUGGAGAGCCUCUCCUCGAGGACAAUCAUGGUGUAGAUUUUCCAUAAUCUCAGGUUCAAGGACUUCAUUUGGAGGAUUCUUACUCCUUUAAUCCAGUGUCUCCAACAUCCUAAUAACCAACAACUCAAACAAUUUCAGCAGAAAAUAUUCCCUCUAUCCGUUAACGGCAGUACCCUUUGAUGGAUGCCUUUGUACCAAUGACCUUGAUUUACAGAUUAGACCAUAACUUAAACUUUGUUCAACAGGACAUCCGGUUUUAUGGGCGUAAAGCCUUCCCCCAGAGACCUAAUCACAAACCUACAUUUCCCAGUGUGCCAAAAAUCCAAUAUGGCCUUCUGGAACUAUAAAACUAAUCCAAUGACCUAAAGACGAUCAUCUCCCAGUCUACCAAUGACCAAACACCCUGAUCCACCAGCAAUCCCAGUUAACAUCAGACUGACCCUUCAUUUUCAACAUUAAACCAUUGUCUAACAUUCCAUCAAACGACAACAUUCCCUUCCUAUGGACCAAUAGCAGUAACCUUCCACCAGUGAUGUAAACCCAAAUGUACCUUCUCUAGUCCAGUUUAACUUCCCACUAGAACAACAACAUUCCCUCCUAUGGACCAAUAGCAACACUCUUCUACUAUUGACUUAAACCCAAACAAACUUUCUCCAAUCAGUAAACAAUCUAGUUCAACCUUCCUCUGGAACUCCAACAACUACACAAAUGACCGAUUACUUUGCCCUCUUCCAGUUCGCCAAUGACCAAAAAUCCCCCUACCAACCAACAGUCCUGGAUAACGCCCUUCCCCUAACUCCCUUCCCUUCUGUUGUGCCCAAUCUCAGACAGAAAAGCAAUGAGUGCUGGGUUCAGCAGGCAUGCAGGAGGAACCAAACGUAGCUUCUCCAUUCAGCAAACAUUCCAGUUUGACCUCUCUCUAGAACGCUAAACAAACUGACUACUUUACGCCCUUCAAGUCUACCAAAUACCAAAUGUCCUAAACAACCAGCAAUCCCAUUUUCCAAUACAUCAACCCCUAAUUUGAAGCAUCCGGUCACCUUAAAACCAAUAUCUUUAAUAUCCCAUCACACAACAAUAUCCCCCUUCCUAUGGACCAGCAGCAGUACCCUUCUACUAGUGACUUAAACCCAAACGUACCUUCUCCAGUUUGACCUUUCUCUGGCACCCCCACAACACUUGCCUAAUUGACUGAUUACUUUGACUUCUUCCAAUUAACUCAUGACCAAAAAUCCCCCUACUUAACAACAGUCCUAGAUAACUCCCCCCCCCCCCCACAUCUGUACCUUCUGGUGUCCAGUUUGAGUGUAAUGUUUAGCAGGUACAAAGGAAGAACCAAACCUAUCUUUGUCAGUCAGCAAAAAAUCCAGUUUGACAUUCCUCUAGAACCCCAACAACAAUUGCCCAAUUGACUGAUUACUUUACCCUCUUCCAGUUCCCCCAUAACCAAACAUCCCCCCAACCAACCAGUAGUCCUAGAUAACGCCCCCUCACCCCUCCUCCUCCCCUUCCAGUUCCCCUGAGCUCAGGCAGAAAAGACGCUGAGCGUUGCGUUCAGCAGGUACGAAGGACGAGGUCGAACAGGCACGGUAGCCUAACAGAUGUUUUCAGUGGUGUUGGUCAAGUGUAGUGAUUGAGUUUUCAUUCGUGAGUCAAGUGUGUCAACUGUGAGCACUAAAUGUGAAGUUGCAAUAUUGCAAUGUCAACACACAACUAUAUCUGGGCUGUGUUUCUUUUUUAUAGGAAAAGAUAUUCAGGUCUUCCUAGUCUUCAGAAUAAGUGCUUUCUGUUCCUGAACCUGCUGGACUGGCAUUAACAACACAAAAAGGAAUCCUCUUUUUGAAGUGGUGAUCUUUGCAUUAUGUACAUUUUUUUUUGUUGAAUCCUGAACUGCCAAAAUGAUGUUGUAUCCAAAUUCAGCAGGGACAAGUCCACUUACUGUAUUGAACGAUCAAAUCAUUGGCGUUGUAAGAUAUAGAUGCUACCAUUUCAGAAAUUGGAAGUUCCCAGAUCGGGACAGGAGAGCUUAUAAAACAAUAACACUAGAGGAACUUUUAUUUCCUUGAAAUGGAGGGAUUUGUCGUAUGAACCUUCUCCUUCAGAUGGAUCUCAAAGGACAAUACCACAAAUCCUGAGAUUAAAGCACAAGCUUGCUGCAUUACAAAGAAGUGCUGGAGAGCUUUUUGUAUGUUAAUAUGGAAUUAAACAGAGUAUGCAUCUCUUUGUUGUGAUGUGACUUAUCCCCACAUUGCCAAUAUUUUUCUAGGAGGGAAUACAAACCUCUUUCUGACAUUAAGGAUCGAGUGUAGUUCAUAUUCUGGGGAGGGGGGGGGCAUCCCCUCACAGUUAGCUUAGUGCAUCUCUUUUCUUUCUGGAGCAUGUCUGGGCUGAAAUGUGAUGCUGUUAUUCGUCGGCUUGGUGGCUGUCAGUUGGGGUCUGUCUUCGUCUGGUGAACUGAUCAUGACUUCUGGCUUUUUGUUGGGUACGGGGCAUUAACAAACUCUGGUCUGUUCAUAAACGGUGCCUCUGUU